UUCUUAUCCAUAAAACAAGUGUGUGAGCGAGCGAGCAUAAGGCACACAUAUAUUUUUUUUCUUUAUUUUUGUGGUAAAAUAAGUGAAGUCCUAAAGGAAAAUCCCUUGCAAAUCUCCAUUCGCUGCAGCGAUCAAGAGCAAGAAAUUAAAUAAACCCCGAAAUUACACAGAAAAGUUCAAUUCUUGUCUGCAUGCUAAAGUCCUGCUGUAUCAAUUGCAAUAAACUUUUUUUCUGUCAACCAAACCUGUGCAACCUCCAACUCAACUUUGUGCUCUCACUGCCUCUUGUUCUUAGUCAUCAACGUCUCAAAAAAUAAAAAAAGUUUUCUAAUAGUUCUUCAGUCUCGCUCGGAAGAAAAAAGACUUGUCGAAGUGUUUUAGCAGUAUUUAAGUUGUGUAUAUUUUUUAAUUUUAUUUUUAAAUCAUUAAAAUUUUGUAAAUAUCGAGGCUCCUUAUUUGUCAAGCCAAAAAAGUCGAGUUAAUUUCCCACAUCUCUGCCUCUGACGUGAGAAGAUGGCGAUGGAAAUUGGCACCCAGAUGAAUGGUCAUACCGCAAUUGGUGCAAAGAAAAAGGAUGCUGCCGAAAAGGAGAACUUAUGGUCAGCGAUUUUGAGUGAGGUUCAAAAACAGGGCAGCACAAAGCUUCCAUCGAACAAAUCGGUUUUAGUAUUAGGAGAUAAUUCCACGGGUAAGACAACACUGAUCGCUAAACUGCAAGGCGUUGAAGAUCCAAAAAAAGGAUCUGGUCUCGAAUAUGCUUACAUUGAUGUAAAGGACGAAUACAGAGAUGAUAUGACACGAUUAGGUGUGUGGGUUCUUGAUGGUGAUCCAGGUCAUGUAAAUCUGUUGAAGUAUGCCUUAAACGAAAAUAAUUAUGCACACACCUUAGUAAUACUCACAGUGUCGAUGACAUCCCCAUGGUCAUGGCUGGAGCAACUUAAUCAUUGGAUAAAAGUGCUUGCAGAACAUAUUGAAAGCCUUAAAUUGGAUCCUGAAGAGAGUAGAGAUGCCCGCCAACGUCUAAUAACUUCAUGGCAAAGUUAUUGUGAAGUUGGAGAUGAUUUAGAUCCUGGUUCUCCUAUAAAACGCUCAGUUCGUAAUAAUUCUAUCGAUGAUGAUGAUUUACUGCCUCUAACAGAGGGGGCACUUACAACAAAUCUUGGACUAGAUAUGGUUGUAGUUGUCACAAAAACUGAUUAUAUGACGACAUUAGAAAAAGAAUACGAAUAUAGAGAUGAGCAUUUUGAUUUUAUACAACAGUGGAUACGUAGAUUUUGUCUACAGCAUGGAACAUCUCUAUUUUAUACCAGCGUUAAGGAGGACAAGAACUGUGAUCUGCUCUAUAAAUACUUAACUCAUAGAAUUUACGACUUACCAUUCCGAACACCUGCGCUUGUUGUUGAAAAAGAUGCUGUUUUAAUUCCUGCUGGAUGGGAUAAUUUAAAGAAAAUAAGUAUUUUGUACGAGAACAUGCAUUCAUGCAAAGCUGAGGAUUACUACACGGAUAUUAUCAUUGCUCCUCCAUUACGAAAGACGGUUUCUAAUCGAGAAGCUGAAGUUCAAACAGAAGAUGAACAAACUUUCCUGCAGAGGCAACAGCAAAUUCUUCAACAAAGCCAAGGCCAAAUUCGUGGAGAAUCUCCUCUACGUUCUCAGGCUGGCAAUAAAAAUGUUACCCGAACACCAGGCUCUACAAGUCAAAGUUCACCUAUUAAGAUUGAUCCGAAACUCAAUCCAUCAACACCUGGAGGUGAGGGUGUACUUGCUAAUUUCUUUAAUUCUCUACUGCACAAAAAAUCAGGCUCGCCUGCAACUCCAACGGGUACACUAAGUUCACCUCGCACAGCUAAUGGCACAGAUGUCUCAAUGACACCCGAAAAGUUUUCAGUAUGCACUAAUGCUGCUGCCGAGCUCGAUAGACUGGCAAGAAGUGUGAAAAAAGAUAUCGACUUUACACAAUCAGAUUGUUAAAAUGUUAACCGUUAAUGUUAUCAAUGGACGGUUAAAUAUAGCAAUAUUCACAAAUCCAACUUAAAGAUGUAAUCCCAAUUGUUUCAAUAAGAGGCAGUUCUCAGCGCCUGCGCAGAUAUAUAGUUUCAGCUUACAAAAUAAUUAACUUAUUAAUUUUUAUUAUAAUAAAUAACAAAGAAAAAAGAUGUUAUAAUAAUAAUCAAACUAUAAUAACUUUCUAUUGUAUAUUUAUGCCUAAUGAAACGAGAUUAAAUUUCAGUAAGAUACAAUCA